GUUUACCUUACAGGCUCUUGGGACAGCUUCAGAAACUGGGGGUAAGCUCCUGCUUAUCUUACCGGGCAGGAUGACCCCCCUCUUUCUGUGGGACCUGCAUACAUCCAUCCUAAAAGUCCCCCCGCUUUGCUGACCUGUGGGUGAGGACUCAGGAAGAGGCCUUCAUAGAAAGCUGGGAACUCUCUCUCCAGUUACCACGCGCGCUUCAGAACAGACUCCAGACGCUGCCAGGUUGCCACAACAAAAUGACAAUCAACUAUUUCUUUAAAUAGGACCAAGCCAAAUACUGAGAAGGAUCAACUGCUUAAUAGUGGCCGAAAAAAUCUACAGCAUUUUUCACCAAGGGUAAUUUUUUAAAAAUUUUAUGCAUAUAAAUCAUUCCUUUUAUACAAAGAAGGACUGAAUGCCGAUGUUGAAAUCAUCCUCUCAUAAAUCUAAGGAGAAUGCAUUGCUGCAACUGUACUGAAUUAAAACCAGCAAGAGGAAGAAGAUGCUUGAUACAAUAAAUGAUUGUAUGCAACACUUCACAAUAUCUGACACUCAUAAUGAAGCAGCAGGGCUCCAGGUACCUGCCAGGGCUUCAGAGAACAUGGUAGACUGGGAGAGGGGAAAACCAGCAAGCUUAAAAAGCACACCAAGAAAUAGUAUUUUACGCAUUUAAAACAGUCCUUUUUCAGCUAUAAAGGUUCACAGUGCUCUGAAAUAUGGGAUGUAACAUCCUUUCCUUCAAUUAGUUCUUCUUUCUCUGCUAGACUAUCAUUGAGGUAGGAUAUAUAAAACUCCAGGUUAGAUUUCAACCUGUAGUAAGACACUUCUCCUUUGGCUUUGCUGUAAUUGUACCUGCUUCCUCGAGGGCUCAAUCUGUACUAUAAUAUUUUCAAUAUUGUAAAGAAAAAGCUACAUACGCAGCACGGGGACAGUGCAAGCAUUUGCCAUAGAGAAUAUGCCACUCUAAAAAAGGGAUUCACUGUAAAUUUCCUGUGGGUUGGAAAGAAAAGCCCAGUCCUGUACCACUAUGAGCUUGCUGCCAACGCGGAGUUUUGUUAAAAGAUCUGGCGGAUCGCAGACAGACAGGAGCCAUUUGCAAGAGCGUGGAGAUACGUUCUGGGAGAGAAGUGAUGUUGACUGAGAACGGGAGCAUCUGAUUUUACAUCCAUUUAAACUUUCUCAUUCUAAACUUACGCCUACGAACCGAUUCUUUGGAAGGCUUCUGUGUGCUAUGAAUGGUGCUAGAUCUCAGGAGAGAUUUGGCUGGUUCUGCUUGUUUCCCAUAUGCAAACUGUUUCUUGCGCAGGGUUGUAACCUUCAGUCUCCAAAUAUUUUGCUACUCCUAAGCAACUACCUUAUCCACCUGCGUGUGAUAGCUGCUACGGGUUGUAAAACGUGACAGCUUGGUUGUUUACAGGUGCCAGCCACAACGGUCGGCUUGCAAGGACUGCACACUCUUGGUUUAUAAGCCUGGUUCCCAAAGAAAAACUGCUCAAGGCAGCAGCAGAGUGAGGACUGACCCAGAUUGACACACCACUAAUGGAUUUAAAAAUCAUGUGUGACGAAUCCCUCUCUGGUGAAAGCAACCACAUAAUGCUUUGUGCCCUGAAUUCCUCUCUGGUGAAAUUCCACUAAAUCAAACGAGUUGCACCAGAAAGGCUGAUGAGGAAGGAGGCGAGUGAAAGAAAGCAGGAGAGGCUGACAGCGUGCAAAUAUAUGGGGAAAAAGCGGUGCGAAUCUGUGCGCGCCCAGGCGGAGCACGGUGGAUAUGUAUGGCAGCUUCAGCCUGCAGAACACAAGGUAACUCAUACAGCUGAGAUUAGAAGGACGGUUGAUACUUCAGCAGCAAAAGACGUGAACAAUGUCUUCUGACGAUCACUGGUCUGCAGUGGAAGAGGACACUCAAGCAUCAAAAUUGGCCAGAAAAUCCAGGGAAACGCCCUUUGUGCCCAUCGGGGUGGCAGGCUUCGUUGCUGUUGUGGGGUAUGGUAUCUACAAGCUCAGACACAGAGGAGACCAGAAAAUGUCUGUCCAUCUCAUUCACAUGAGAGUUGCAGCACAAGGGUUUGUCGUUGGAGCAAUAACAUUAGGUGUUAUCUACUCUAUGUACAAGGAUUUUGUUAAGUCUCCACUCAAGACUGGGACCAAAAAGUGAGCCAGCUCUGUGGGAAGAGGCAGGAAGGGGACGCACGCGUUCUGCACUUACUGUUUAGAAUUUCUCUGUGUAAGCGUUAUUGUCCGGAAGCUCAUUUUGAAGGCAACCAGGAAUUCUGUUGGCUGCGUCAUUGGAGAAGCUGCUGUCCCCCAAAGCACAUCAGAAAUUAUAUCCAAAUUUGUUAGGAGCCUCUACACAUGAGACCCCUGUGUUACAGAAACAGCACUGCAGGUCCACGCUUGCCUAUUUAUGCUAUUAUUUAUAUAAAGUAACCUAUUUGGCUAAAAUAAAAUACUCUUGAAAGUUUCAGCCUGUUUAAGAUAAUAGUUAUUAGUAGCUACAGACUCUCCCUGAAAUAUAGUGCGCCUGUUUCCUGGUCUCUCUGGGUUCACUUAAUUACUAUUGAGACCUUCACCUGUAAGAGAUGUUUUAUUUAACGGAGACAAUGGUAAUGCUGUCUAACCACAACAGCGAUUAACUUGAUACAAGUAAUGAGAUUACAUGGGAGCUUCUCCUUCCCAGGAAAGCAGCAGUGUUUGUAAACAAAAGCUGGGCUCCAAGAGAUAACGCUAUAUAUAACCAGGGACUCCUGGUUCAAGCUGGGUUUGCUGCCAAAGAAAAGGCAACAGAUGCUUGCCUGCUUGCACCUUCUGGGGUAGAAGCCAAAAUAGGCUGCCUCUGAAAUUAUUCCUUGACUUUAUAAAGACUGUCCCCUCCGUGUAGCUACAAAAGGAAAGGGAGUCCAGGACCUAAAUGCCACUAGAUCACUUGGUAGAACCCAGAUUUAUAUAGGCAAGGUAACAUUUUAAUGGGAUUUACUCAAAACAGAAACAAGAGGUGCCUGUAACAGGACUUUUUGCUCGUCUGCAGAGUCAUGCAGGAAAGUUAACCCGAGUUGAUUCAAGGUGAGAAUUUAGAGUGGCUUAGUUAACGUACAUUAGGCUCCGAUGCGGACACUCUCCUUCCAAAUUCAGCUUACCUUAAUGUAUUUGGGAAGUGAAUGAGGACUGAAACAGAACAAAGCUACUUCAGUGUUAAAUGAACAGGUCCACAUGGGGCUUAAUGAGCCUUAACUAAUCCACAUUCAAGUUUUGUUCAUAUUAAUUUCUCUGAGCAUCUGCAGGCAGCCAUGUGCUUGGUUGUAAGCAUGAACAGAAAUAGGAUCAGAGUACUGGACUGAUAGUGCGGGUGCAAAUUUGGGGCCAAUCUGAUAGGCACCUGUGUGAGCCCUGUUCCACCCUGCUCAAGCCUUAAAAAGAGCGGCACACCUCCUUUGAUAACCUAACAGCUAAGAUGAUGGAUUGUUAAGUCCCACAAAGCAGUGAGCAGGAGGAGGGGCCACCCCGUGUUUGCAUACAUUGCUUUUUCAGCAGGGUGGUGAUGGAUCACACUUAGGUGCCUAGGGAACAGGAUCUGGUGCUUGCGGUCUGGUACAUUUUUGCCCAUGCUGCAGUUCAGAUACAAAUACAUACUUUAAAUGCUUCUCACUGCAGUUUGACGCCAGAAAGACUAUCCUUUGCUCUACGAGCAGGUAGGAUUUAAUGCAUUUUACAUACCACCCACAUCACAGC